ACAAUGAACUCAUUUCCAAUCGAGGUCGAAUAACGUAUGAACUAGGUGGUCUCAUUAACACCCUAGACCCCACCACCAAAAAAAAAUGAGAGUAAAAUUUCCCCCAAUUCUUCUGUUAAAAAGGCAUGAGUUAUUUCUCCUUCCUCUGUUGAAGCCGCUUUCUCUCUCUUUCUCCCUGUCUCAAACUAUAGACAUAGACAGUGACUGAGAAUUAAAACCCAGAGUGAGAAGUUCUCAGUGCUUCAGUUUCCCAAUUCUCCACCUGCCCAGCCAAACAAGCCCCAAUCUCUUUAAUUACAGAGAUAAUCUUCUCUUCCCUUCUUUAAAUUAUUCAUUUCCUUUUGAAAAAAAAAAUAGUUCUUCAUCAUAAAAUCAGAUAAUUUGUCCACUUCGUGUUGUCUCUUUCUCACUUUCUCUCUCAUCUACUACUUAAAAUUCGAAGAAGUUUGUUGUUCAUACCCAUAAUUCUUCUUCAUUUGGGUUUGUUCUGUUCAUGUCAUUUUCUUUUUUUCUCCUUUUCAAAAGAACAAUUAAAAGUGGCAUUUAAUUACUUUUGGGGAAUAAUUGUUGGGUAGUUGAACAUAACCCUCUACAAAUUUAAUUGUUCUUCGUAAACGUAAAUCCCCCAUUUCCUCCCUUUUCAGAAAAAAAAGAAGUUGACCGUGAGAUUUGUCUCUUUCUGUAACUGAUUUCCUUCUUUUUUUUGGGGUUACUUUUUGAGAAUUCUGGGAACGAACUUUGUUUCUUUUAAGGAGGAAAAGAACAGUUUGAGUUUUGAAGUGAGUGAGUAGCGGAAAUGACAGAGGUGGUGAAGCAAGUGGAAGCAGCAGCCAUGGUGAGUCAGACUGAUGAUGAUCAGGGAGUUGUUCACGGUGGUGGUGGCGGUGGUGUUGAGGAGAGAGAAAAUGUAGGAGGUGAAGUUGAUGAAGAGAACCAGAAAUUCAGUUUCAAGAAUUUUUUAUGGCAUGGUGGUUCUGUUUAUGAUGCUUGGUUCAGUUGUGCUUCCAAUCAGGUGGCUCAAGUGCUGUUGACGCUGCCAUAUUCAUUCUCACAGAUGGGGAUGUUAUCAGGGUUGAUACUGCAGGUGUUUUAUGGUGUGCUUGGAAGUUGGACAGCUUAUCUCAUCAGUGUUCUCUAUAUUGAAUAUCGUAGUAGACGAGAAAAAGAAGGUGCCAGCUUCAAGAACCAUGUUAUUCAGUGGUUUGAGGUGCUAGAUGGCCUGCUAGGGCCGUUUUGGAAGGGAAUUGGAUUGGGUUUCAACUGCACAUUCUUGCUCUUUGGAUCUGUGAUACAGCUUAUAGCUUGUGCAAGUAACAUAUACUACGUAAAUGAUCAUUUAGACAAACGGACAUGGACAUACAUAUUUGGGGCAUGUUGUGCCACAACUGUGUUCAUACCUUCCUUUCACAACUAUAGAAUUUGGUCCUUUCUUGGCCUGGGAAUGACCACUUAUACUGCUUGGUAUAUGACCAUUGCUGCCCUUGCUCAUGGCCAGGCCCCAGGUGUGAUCCACUCUGGUCCAAAAAAGUUGGUGCUAUAUUUCACAGGAGCAACCAAUAUCCUCUACACUUUUGGUGGACAUGCUGUAACUGUGGAAAUCAUGCAUGCUAUGUGGAAGCCACAAAAAUUCAAGUACAUUUAUCUACUUGCAACUGUUUAUGUUUUCACCCUUACACUCCCUUCUGCUGCUGCUGUCUACUGGGCCUUUGGUGAUGAACUCCUCAACCAUGCCAAUGCUUUCUCCCUUCUCCCCCGUAAUGGCUUCCGUGAUGCUGCUGUCAUCCUGAUGCUCAUCCAUCAGUUUAUUACAUUUGGAUUUGCAUGCACACCUCUCUACUUUGUGUGGGAAAAAGUGGUGGGUGUACAUGACACCAAGAGCUUAUGUUUAAGGGCAGUGGCUAGACUACCAGUGGUGAUACCAAUCUGGUUCCUAGCAAUUAUAUUUCCCUUCUUUGGGCCCAUUAACUCUACUGUGGGGGCCUUCUUAGUCAGCUUCACUGUUUAUAUUAUACCAACUAUGGCCCACAUGCUUACCUUCAGAUCGGCCCAAGCCCGAAAGAACGCUGCUGAGAAACUUCCCUUCUUCUUCCCAAGCUGGACAGUAAUAUAUGUGUUCAACGCAUUCAUAGUGGUGUGGGUAUUUAUUGUUGGUUUUGGAUUUGGAGGGUGGGCAAGCAUGGUGAACUUCAUCAGGCAAGUUAAUACUUUCGGUCUUUUUGCUAAAUGCUAUCAGUGUAAGCCGCCUCCAGCAGCCCCUGCACUACCACAUCACUGAAGGCUUGCUAUAUUGAGUGUUGGGUUUGAUGCUUUGAUCAAAUGGGCAAGUGAAUACUUUUGGUGUUUUUCGGUGUUUUUGCUAAAUGCUAUCGGCUCCAGCCCUCCCAUGCACCACUAAAUGACUGAAGUCUUGCAAUAUAGAGUGUUGGGUUUGAUACUUUUGAUCGAUCAUCAAACACACCUCAGUAAUCAGCGUUGUUUUUGUAUUUUGUGGGUGAAUACUAGUAUUAGUAAGUAACGUUUUGGCGAAGCCUAGCUUUAGUUUUUGUGAAAUUUCAGCUGGAAUUGUAAUGUCCUAAAUUGAAGUUUGUCAAAAAUUCCUUAAGUUUCUGGGUACAUAUAGUAUGAUUUAAUGUUGGGUCAUUUGUGGAUGUGGGAAAAUGCAUGGGCUAUAUUGGUCCUCACAUCAUGUGUAACACAUUUGACUCUUUUAAGUUAUAUUGGAAAAAAAUUUGCUCUAAA